AUGGCUUUCAGAAUGAUCUCUGUGGGUCAGAAAGUGGUGAAAUUCAACCGCUACCGUCAUCAGCAGGGCAGCCGAUUCCCAGGAGCAGCGUUCACUCAUCCCUCUAGCCGGUCAUACUACCACUCGAAUGAAGCUUUGAAGCCUUCAGAACCCGAACCUGAACCUGAACUCAUCAACGCUGACGGUAGCUACCCUUUCCACCUUUACAGUAAGAGCCAGAUCGUCAACAUAUUUAGCCGAUAUGCUCCGCAGCUCGACCAUCGUCCUUUUGUCGCUGCCGCGGAGGUGUUCCCCAUGAGAGUCAACAACUACGUGGUUGAGAAUUUGAUUGACUGGUCAAAUGUACCCCAUGACCCAAUCUUUAAAUUGGUGUUCCCACAACCUGAGAUGCUCUUGCCAGAACAGCUGGAUCGCGUGCGGUCUUCGCGUACUCGACUAAGCCCCCCUCAACGCCAGAAGCUAGCAGAAGAGAUCAGAGCCACGUUGAACCCGCACCCAGCUGGCCAAAAGGAAGAGAAUGUUCCCAUGCUGGACGGCAUUUCAGUUGAAGGCAUGCAACACAAGUACAGAGAGACUGUUCUGUUCUUUCCAAUGGAGGGUCAAUUUUGUCACUCAUUCUGCACAUACUGCUUCCGCUGGGCACAAUUUACCUCUGUUGGAUCGGAUCAGCAGUUCAAGUCCAAAGACCAGGAGGCAUUGAAGCACUACCUAGCCAGUCAUCCCUUUGUCAAAGAUCUUCUUUUCACUGGAGGUGACCCGAUGGUCAUGAAUUCCCGGACCUUUGCACGCUACGUAACCCCAUUACUUAAUAACCCCGAAACACAACAUCUCCAAACGAUCCGCAUCGGCACCAAGUCUUUGGCUUACUGGCCUUACCGCUACACCCAUGACAGCGAUGCCAAGGCACUGCUGAAUAUGUUUGAGAGGAUCGUCAACUCAGGCAAGCAUUUGUCAAUCCAAGCACACUUCAGCCACCCUAAGGAGCUCCAAACACCACAAGUCCAAGAGGCAAUGAAGUUAAUCCAAAUGACGGGGGCUGUUAUCCGAUGCCAAAGUCCGUUGAUCCGUCACGUCAAUGACUCUGCGGAGACAUGGUCUACGAUGUGGAACCUUCAGACGCGAUUGGGUGCGAUUCCGUAUUACAUGUUUGUGGAGCGAGACACAGGAGCCCGAGACUACUUCUCCGUCCCCUUGGCUAAGGCCUACGAGAUCUUCAACGGCGCAUACGCAAAGCUUGCUGGCACGGCUCGCACGGUUCGUGGUCCAUCCAUGUCCGCUGGGCCAGGCAAGAUCGGCCUCGUCGGAAUUUCAACCAUUCAUGGAGAGAAAGUCUUCGUCUUGAAGUUCUUGCAGGCUCGGAACCCAAAGUGGCUAGGUGAGACAUUUUUCGCCAAGUUUGAUCCACAGGCAAACUGGCUCAACGAUCUCAAACCUGCUUUUGGAGAGAAGGAGUUCUUCUUUGAGCCUGAGUAUAAUGACACUUCAAAGAAUUACCCUGGAUCUUCAGGACAACGCACCUACCAAUGCUCUUGA